UUCUGAAGUGAAGAACAGCACAAGAUACCUGUAGUACCUCUGAAAAUUUCAAGGAUAUCUUUAUCCAUAAAAUCUUGGUGUGGUUUCUUCUGAAGAGCUUCCUCGAAGACAUACCAGGUUUUUAAGUGCCUAAGCCAGAGAGAAGCAUACACAAGUCGCCAUCCUUGCCCGACAUUUCAGAAGAAAUGGUUGAACCUGUGGGCAAUCACUAUGUUGUAGCCAGACCUGUGUACUCGGAGAAUUCAUUCAAUGAAGAGCAUGAGAAAUUGCACAGAUACCAUAAAACCUUUUGGGACCACCUGAAAGUCUAUUUCUGCUGCUCCCCACAAAAGGCCAAAAACUUUGCUCUGCGCUUGUUUCCUGUUGUCUCAUGGCUGCCAGCAUACCGCUUCAGGGAGUGGAUCCUGAGUGACAUCGUCUCUGGCAUCAACACAGGGCUCGUGGCUGUGCUACAAGGUCUCGCCUUUGCUUUGCUGGUGAAUGUCCCCCCCGGUUUUGGACUCUAUGCAGCAUUUUUCCCUGUCCUGGUCUAUUUUAUCUUUGGCACAUCCAGACACAUCUCAGUGGGUCCUUUCCCCGUCCUGAGCCUGAUGGUUGGAGGAGUCGUCACCAGGCUGGUCCCUGAUGACAGCACUGGAAAUGGCAAUUCCACAAAUAUCUCAGCAAUAGAUCAAGAGAGGGUGAUGGUGGCUGCAUCUGUAACCUUUCUUUCUGGGAUUUUUCAGUUGCUUCUGGGAAUUUUCCAGUUUGGAUUCCUUGUUAUUUAUUUAUCACAAUCAUUAAUCAGUGGUUUCACGACUGCUGCAGCUGUCCAUGUUUUGGUAUCUCAGCUGAAAUUCAUGUUUCAGCUACCUGUUCCUGGAUAUGUUAAACCGUUAGGCAUCAUUUAUACUCUGGAGAGCUUUUUCAGCCAGAUUACAAAUACAAACAUCGCUGACCUUGUCACAUCCCUGCUUGUCUUGCUUAUCGUGUUUGUGGUGAAAGAAAUGAACGAUCGAUACAAAGAAAAGUUACCAACUCCCAUCCCGAUCGAACUCCUUAUGACAAUCUUAGCAGCACUGAUUUCCUAUUUUGUUAACUUGGAAGAAAAAUUUAAUGUAGCUGUUAUUGGAAAACUACCGGGAGGGUUUCAAGCACCUGUUGCACCUGAUGUAGGUAUCCUCCAGAAAUGUAUUGGUGAUGGCUUUUCCAUUGGAAUCGUUGCAUUUGCAGUGGCCUUCUCUGUGGCUAAAGUGUAUUCCAUCAAGCAUGACUACUCAAUAGAUGCCAACCAGGAACUAAUUGCUUUUGGUCUGGGUAAUAUAGUUGGUGGAUCAUUCAAAGGAUUUGCCUCCAGCACUGCUCUGACGAGAUCAGGUGUGCAGGAGAGCACAGGAGGCAAAACACAGAUUGCUGGUAUUAUCUCAUCUGUCAUCGUCUUGGUUGUGAUCUUGGCCAUUGGGUUUCUCCUGGAACCAUUACAGAAGUCAGUCCUUGCAUCUUUGGCCCUUGGCAACUUGAAAGGAAUGCUCAUGCAGUUUAAGGAAGUAGGCAUCCUAUGGAGGAAAGACAAGUUUGACUGUAUCAUAUGGGUGGUGACUUUCUUAGCUACCAUCUUUCUUGGCCUGGACCUUGGACUAGCAGCAGCUAUGGCAUUCCAGCUGCUGACGGUGGUGAUCCGCUCCCAGAUUCCAAGCUGCGCUGUUUUGGCUAACGUUGGGAGAAGUAACAUCUACAGAAACAGGAAGGAUUACACUGAUAUCUAUGAGCCAGAGGGAGUGAAGAUUUUCAGAUGCUCCUCUCCGAUCUUCUUUGCUAAUAUUGAAUUCUUCAGAGAGAAACUCAUCACUGCUGUUGGCUUCAACCCACUGAGAGUCCUGAGGAAACGCAAUAAAGCUCUGAGGAAGAUCAGGAAGAUGCUGAAGAAAGGAGAGCUGCAAGUGACGCCUAAAGGCUUGAUUUCCAUGGCUAACCAUACAUAUGAGUCAGAUGAAGAAUUAGACAACAACAAAAUAGAGGAGCUGGACCAGCCCACCGACAUGACAGACUUGCCCAUUCAGAUCAACUGGGGCACUGACCUCCCCCCUGGCAUCACCGUGCCCCGGGUCAACAUCCACAGCAUCAUUCUGGAUUUCUCAUCAGUAUCCUUCCUCGAUUUUUCUGCUAUGACAGUCCUCAAAAAGACUUUGAAAGAAUUUGUCCGGCUGGACAUCGACAUUUACAUUGCUGGGUCACACGAGGGCCUCCUGGACAAACUGGAGAGAAGUGCAUUUUUUGAUGAGGAGAUUACGUCAUCCAUGUUUUUCCUCACCAUUCAUGAUGCCGUUUUACACAUUUUGCUGAAGAAGGACACAGCCAGCUCCCCAAAAUUAAAGCUCACUAAGGAGAACAGUAGAAGCAAUGACUAUGUCAUCAUCCCCAGGAAUGGACUGCACAGCCAGGAGUGCACAAUUCCAACAGAAACAAAAUUUUAGAUUUAAUUCUCUAAAUAUAAUAUCCUCCAAUGUAACAAUGUCACAGAAGACGAAUGCGGAUGCUAUCAUGAGCACGAAGAAAAGAAGGAUACUUUUAAAUACCUUAAGAAGGAUUUACUACAUGUGGUUAUGUUCCAAGUUUUGGAAUGGGCUUGUUAGUCUUUAUGUGUCUCUGUAUAUAUAUAUAUGUAUUUAUGUACAUAUAUGGAGGCUAAAAUUACACAGAUUUUCUUAUUUCAUACCAUAGUUUGUAGACAACUUGUACAGUUAAUAAAGAACAUAUAAAUAUUUGAAAUCUUGUAUUUUAUAGCACAGACUAAUAGUUAGGAGUGAUAUUUUAUCUUCAACUUGUAUAUAACUUAUAUAAAGUUUUCUUGAUGGUAAGAUAUUUAGUAGACUGAAUUAUUAAACUUGUUCUCAGCUCAGUACUAUGAUCAUAGUGUACACAGUGACUAACGUAUCUAUUGUAAAACACGAAGGUUGUUCAGGAAAGACACAGGAUGUAAAGAGCCAAACAUGACUCAUUAAUUUGGAUUGGGCUGGUGUAAAGUGCACACAAGAGGAUACGUUUAUAGUGAACAUCCGUAAGUAAUGACUUCAGUAACUGUGUACGUCUGGCUGCAUUUGUCAAAUACACCACCGAGGCAGCUCAUGAUCAGUGAGACCCCGUGUGUGGACAGAGGCGCUGGCCCCAGAGCUGGGCUCGGAGGGGCUGUGGGUGCAGAGCUGCCAGGCUGGACUGCUUGGGUCUAUGGACAGAUGCACAGAGGAAUUUAGCUUAAAGAGUCUACUAUGACACUCUGCACAACCCAGUCUGCGUGACUGCCAUCAAUUAAGUCCCGCUGAAAGUCUAAGGCUUGAAGAGGAACUACAUCACAACUUCUAGAGGAAAAAAAACAACCCCCAAAGUGACAGAACUUUUAAUUUUGCAUAACAAGGGCUGGAGGUAUAAAAAUCUUCAGCCUAAAGGGAAACGUAACCAUCUUUGGAGUCCUAAAGAAAAAGCAGUGUGAAAUCACAGAAGUUUUUUUUUUAAACCUAGUUUUAACUUUUAAUCAAGCUGGGGUGACCAAAAGUAUGCAUUUGGACUUGAAGUGAAAAAAGGCUGAAGGGAAGAGAAUGUAUUCUGGGUAAACCAGAAGCACAGUUUUUAUCUCGAUAGUAUGCAGAUCUUAAAAACAAAAUUUGAAGAAAACCAGACAGAAAUAAAUGGGGAGAAAUGCAGCUUGUUUUUAAAAAAGGUACAUAUACAUAUGCCACGUUCAAUUGGCACCUUCAUUUAGACAAACUGCCUUCCAAAGGGAAAUGAUAUCAACAUCACCUCUCUGAACCUGAGUAAAGCCUUCCGUGCCCUGCCACACAGGCAAUUUUUGAUGUCAUUGGAGAAGAUGGGAUGACUAAAGGCACUGAAGGGCAAAGGUGGAUUAUGCUAAAGACGAGGUGAUGACUAGGAGCUUUGAAAAGGAAACACCAGAACAGAGGGAGCACUAAUCUGUUAAUUUUUAUUUUUUUUUUAAAUCUGGAGUUAUCUGAUGAACUCUGCUAAUGAUACAAAGCUGGAAGUCAAUAUUAAAGUGAGGAGGUUUUGAAUACAGAAAGAAUGAGGUGAGCUUGAAGAGUGAGGUAGAGAAGUUCAGCUUUCAGAAAACACACUCAUGCAUUUGCAGAUGAAUAACAAGCUGUGGUUCUGUGGUGGGUGAUUGUGUGCCAACAUGGUACGGGAGAUGUGGCCCUCGGUGGCAAUCACAGAGAUGCUACGGGCAGCUCUCUGCAGACAGCAGACAGAUGGUGGGCAGUUGUACAAUCCUGCUGCACUUCUGAGUGGGACACAGCAGAUUCUCUGUCAAGUAUGUGCCAUGUGCCAGACACUGAGCACAGCAAUACCUGAAAACAGGUAUAAUCAGGACAUUGCCAAAUUCCUUUUCUACUGCAGCCUUCCAAAAACCAUAGAUUAUAUUAGAACAGAUUUUCCAGCAGGACAAGAAAGAUAUUAAUGCUACUGUGCAAUACACAGGGGAGAUUUCACUCUAAAUACUCUGAACUUCAGGACUGAGUUCUCCAGUUCAAGAAAGAUGAUAUCAAACUGCAACUAAUGAGGAAAAUAGUUAUGACAAUCUUUGUGGAAUGGAGAGCCUGUAUCUAAGGACUGGCAAAAAAGAGAAAUAGAUACAAGGAUUUAACCCAAAAGAGAGGAAAAGCUAUGCAAGAUAAAAAAUAGUAUUGUCCUGUGAGAGGAAAAAAUAAACUGGCCAAAAUUAAACAUUAGCAAGAUAUUAGAAGAUGGUUGCUCAUUUUUACAAUGGUGAGAUGAUUCUGCAACAUUCUUUCCAGCUAGAACAAGAGGAGCCAAACAAUAAACUACUUUUAAGAUGAGGUUUAAACAUAUUUAUGAAAAUCAUGACACCACAUCAUACCAGUUUAAUCUGAAUUGUCUGACUCAGGCUGUUCUUUCCACUCCUGGGCUCAUAUGUACCUAUACAGACCCAGGCAAACAUCCCUACUGAAAGCAAGUCAGCAGCAUAUGAAGCGCAGUAUGCGGUGGAAUAACACAUGUUGCACUUCAAAACCAUAUGGGAUUUGUUGACAGGCUUAAGAAAAAAUAUUCUUUUCUAAAUUGCCCUUUUCAGAACAAUUUAUUCCAAUACUAAUGACACUUCUGACACAGCACAGAGCCCCAGAGGAUAAAUCCCCCUUCUGAAACUAUUCACCAUUUCUUGAAUGGACAUGGUACUUAGACAGCCUUGACAAGAGAGCCUUGCACUCCCAUGCCACAUGUCCCUACCAGCUACUUGCCAUCCUCUUAAAUCACUUCACUCCUUAUUUUUCAGUGUUGACACCAGCAUAUUCCUGAUGCUUUAUGUGAUUUCCCCUCCAGGUACUGGUUAUUUCUGCAUUCAAAUCUGUUAUUCUAAUACUAACAUUCCUCUGAGCAGUUUACCCUCAUGCAGAUUAUAGCACAGACCUCUUGUUGUGGGAUAUCAUGGAGAUUCAGAUUUACUGCUUCAUUCUUGAGACAGGGACCUUCAGAAACCUGGGUAUUUAGGUUUCCAACUGUCCUCCAUCAGGCACUGCUGCUGCUCAGUUAGAGCCCUACCAUAUAUCACUUCUUAAUAUUUUACUCAUGAAUUAAGCCAAAAGGCAAAUGUCAUACCUGCUUUCUUUUUGGUAAGCUGACAGGCAUCGUGUUAAUUCAUCAUGACAUAUCCUGAGCCUACCUCUCCUCAGCACAGUGCAGAUGCUCCAUAACUAAAUAAUGGGCAUUUUGCAGCCGGCGAGAGGGAUGGAAAAUAAGAAGCCACAGAGCCUGCGAUGCUCAAGCCUACUCUCAAGGCUGGUUUUCACUUUGUCUUGCAGAAGAGAUUGCCUGUGUGAAAUAUAGAAACAAAAAAUUAAAAGUUUAUUCAAGGUCUAGGGCCCAAUAGAGAGAGGAUUAUAACAUGCAAAUUGAAAUUUUUUUCAAUUUCAAACUUUCUAUUAAGAAAGAAGUUAUCUUUAAGCACUUCUUCACUGAAAUGUCACUCACAGUUCUCUAUUCCUCAUCCUUGUGCUGAAUGAAGUUUAUUUUCUCACUCUUUAUGCAUCUUCUCCCUUCUGCUUCCUUAGAAAAUGCCUCAAAGUCUACCUAAUCCAGAAAUGGCUGAAGUUCUUCCAUGAAACAUUAUUACAUAAAAAUGGAAACAUUCCUGCCUGCUUGCAGACAUUAUCACUCUUCCCAUUACUAGAACUGUAUUACGUGUCCUUCUGGCACUCAAGAAUCACUUCCAUUCUAUUAUCAAAAUUGCUUAUUAAAGUUUCAUAAUGACUGAGCUAACUUACCAGCUUCCUGCUGCUAUUCCACCCAUACCUUUUCUGGAUGUAUGUUGCAUUUUUUAAUAUUUUAAUCUCUUGCACUAAUGAAAAAAACCCAACAAAUUAAUGCCCCAUACUUAGAGAAUAAGGACAUCCAAUUCAGAGUAGGAAAACUUUCUGAAGUUGCUGUCUUAUGGCUAAGUCAAGACUGAAAGAAGCUUUAAAAUUCAUUAUUCUCACUCACACUGCCCUAACGAAUGCAGUCAGUUCAGUUUACAAACUUGUAUGAAUCACUAGUGUGACUAAAAUAUGUGAACACAGUGAAAAACCUCACAAUUGUGAAGGCACAAUUACUACAUCAAGAUGAUUUAUGAAGUGCUAAGAAUUGUUUUUAACCUCAUAAAAUAAAAACUUGGGAAAAGGGAAAAUACAACUUGUAUGAUACUGGUAUUUACUUCAGAAAUGUAAUCCGGAUGAAAAUGAACCCAACUCUUGCAC